AUGGCAGAGGCCAGCGGGGGAGAGGGCAGCCUCGGGGAGCUGGUUCCCCCUUCUGACGGGCCUCCGCAGAGCCUCUCGCAGGGGUUCCCCGGGGAGCUGCCUCCUGAGGGGAGCAGGCCAGAGCAGUCAGACCCCGGCCUUCCUCCCGGAGAGGAGGAAGAAGAGGACGAGGACGAAGACGAAGACGAAGAAGAGGAGCCACAGGAAGCAGAGGGUGAGUUUGAUGGGGUGUUGGAUGAGGACACUGUGGCUGAGGGACUCCACGAGCUGGGCCACUCAGCCUCUGGUGUCGGAUACGUUUAUCUUAAUCUGGCUCUUCCUGGUCGUGAGUUAAGUGACAUUAACAUUCUCUCCAGAUACAUUCACCUACAGAAGCUGGAACUUUCACAUAAUAAAAUUAAUGAUCUUUCUUGUAUCAGUCACAUGCCUCACUUACUGGAACUGAAUGCUUCCAACAAUGAGUUAACUACAUAUUUUGCUUUUAAACCACCUACAAGUCUCAAGGAAGUAGAUUUUUCACACAAUGAAAUACCUCAAAUGCAAGAUUUGUCAGCAUAUCAGUCCCUUACCAAACUCCUGCUGGAUUUUAAUAACAUAGAGGAGAUAAGAGGACUGGAGAAGUGUCACAGUCUGACUCACCUGAGUUUGUCACACAACAGACUCAUUGCGAUCAGUGGCCUGGAGAAUUUACCUAUCAAAAUCCUAAACCUGAGCUCUAACCAGAUUGAGAAGAUAACAGGCUUGGACAACUUGAAAACUCUACAGAACCUGGACCUAUCUAGAAAUAAAAUAACUAGCCUAAGAGGCUUGGAGGAACAUGAUCUACUAGAGGUGAUCAACCUAGAGAAUAACCAGAUUGCUGACCUGCGUGAACUUGAACAUAUUGAAGACCUGCCUCUCCUCAGAGUUCUGAAUCUUUUAAAUAAUCCUGUACAGAAGCAAACAGAUUAUUGGCUCCUGGUGAUCUUCAUGUUGCUUCGACUGACAGAGCUGGAUCUCCAGAAGAUUUCAGUGAAGGAAAAGGUUGCUGCUGUGAAUAAAUAUGAUCCUCCUCCAGAACUUGUUGCUGCUGAAGAUCAUAUGAAUCAUGUGAUGUACAGCAUGUUGCAGCCCCUGAGAGUCUUGGACAGCACUUUACCUAGUCUUGAUACUCCCUACCCCAUGCUGGUGUUAGCUGGUCCUCUAGCCUGUGGCAAGAGAGAACUUACUCUGAAGGUCUGCAAGCAGUUCAGCAAUUUCUUCAGACAUGGUCUCUGUCACACCACCAGGAAAGCUUAUUUUGGUGAAGAAAACAAACUUGAUUACUACUUCAUAUCCCAAGAAGCAUUUGGCAAAAUGGUGAACACAGGGAAGUUCAUACUAACCUACAAACACAGUGACUAUUACUAUGGACUUGCAAGAGACACUGUAGAAUCAGUUGCCAGAGAGGGGCUUGCAACCUGUGUUCACUUAGAAAUAGAGGGUGUUCAUAGCUUGAAAAAAACCUACUUUAAACCCAGAUACAUCCUGGUGCUACCAACAGACACAGAGAAAUAUAAGGGACACCUGAGGAGGAAAGGAAUAUUCAGCAGGCCAGAGAUUGAAGAGGCAGUCUCCAGAGUGGACAUGUACAUCAGGAUAAGUGAGGAUAUUCCAGGAUACUUUGAUGCAGUAGUCAGUGCAGAUGACCUGGAGGAGGCUUUCACAGAGCUGAGUUUCCUCAUCAAGGCAUACCUGGGUUUGGAGCCACCUGUGACUUCUGAGAGCACUCAUGACUUGGAGAGCAGAGCAGGAGCAGGUUCAAGCAGACAGCUCUUACAGGAGCAAAGAUUGUCACCUGGUGGAAUCAUCACUGGAACUGCUCAGUCUUCAUCUGUCAAUGAGUUCUUGGACUCUUCUGCCAAAAUCUAUCCUGGAGGCAUCUUGGAUAAUCCUGCUGCACAACUGCACCCUGUGGAAGAAGCUUCUCUCCAGAGACGUCACCAGGCAGCACGUCAGGCUCUGUCAGAGAAGGCCCUUGGUGCUUAUGUCCAGCUCUUUCAAAGGGACCUGGCAGGCACUGCUGCACCCAACAGCUUCCAUCAACCAUUCCUGGAGCCACCACUACAUUCUUCUCUGCUCUCAGAUGGCAGGAGCACCACCCAAAACCAGAGCUUCCCCCUGCCUACCCCCCAGAGCAGCUGCAGAGAGUCUAGUCCUGGUGCUGGACGACUUCUGGCCACAGCUGGAGCAGCUGCUGGUGAAGGUCUGAUGGUUCAGAGCCCAGUUCCUCGUGCUCGUCUCCCUGGAGAAGCCAAAGCUGAGCAUCAGGACCCAAGAGGAGCUGAAAAUGGGGUGGACAGAUUGAAAGAGCCUGAGCUCCCCAGUGACAAUCUUCAGAGAAAACACAGCAAGUCCAAGACUGGUUCUCCUCAUGGGCCUCAGCUCCUCAACUGCCCAGUCUCCCAGUCCAAACCUGUCCUACCCCCAAUCCCAUCUGGGAGGAACAGGACCAACCCUUGA